CACAGAAAAAUACAAAAAAAACACAAGAAAACACAAAAAUACAAAAAAAAACACAAAAUAAUACAGAAACGAAACACAUAAAAACACACAGAAACACAAAAAAUACAACUUUCAAUAUUUUUAGAUGGGAUGAUGACUUUAACAAAGCAAGAAAAGAAAAACACCAUAAACAUCGUCACCACCACAACAAUAAUAAUAAUAAACACCAAAACACUCAACAACACCCCCCUAGAAGACCUUCAAUUAUUGCCAAUUAUCCUUCCACUUCCUCUUCAUAUUCUUAUUCUCCCAAUCAAUUUGCUAAUACUUUUAGAAGCAGUAAGAACAGCAUUAGACCGUUCACCAGUAUCAUUUAUCUCCUCAUCAGAACUAACAGCAAAAAAUUUUGAGGAAAAUAUUGAAGAGCAUUUAUUCCCUUCGGGUCUACUUUUAUUCUCCUUCUGUGGAUUUCUGCUAGUUUUCCUCGUUGGAAUUUUUCUUUUUCGAAUUUUCAAAAGCUCCGAGAGAGAAAUGUUGUCGUCUUCACAUUCUCGAGAAUUACAAAUUGUUUUGGUACCCAAAAAUAGAUUAAUUAAAAAUUCUCCAAUAUUCCCUGUGAAAGAAGAAAAUUUGGAAGAGGAACAAAAAGAAUUGUUGAAUGAACAGCAACAACCUGUAAUUAGUGGAAGAAAAUUAUUCCCUAAAAGAAUUUAUGAAAUACAAGCAGAAGAAGGAUAUUACUCUUGCCCGCCGUCUAUGAGGGCUAGUUUUGAGGCUGAUUAA